UUUCUGGGUCUUCUUCCUCUUUCUCUCUUUCUAUUUCUCUCUUCUUCUUUUUUUGGGAUUUUUAUUUUCUUUCAAGAAUCGGACGUACUUCUUGGGUGUUUCCUUCAGAUUUUCUUUCCGUUUUUGAAUUUUCUUCAGCACCAAACAGUGUGAAUACACCCAAGAUUUCGACUUUCUUUCGUCGUUUCCCCGAUUUUUCUUUGCAUUUAUACUCUUAACCGCUUUUCUGAUUUAUUUCUGAAGUAUUUUCGCAGCAGUUUCGUGUGAUUUCAUGAUCUCUUUCUUUCUCACUCACCGCGUUUCUUGUCUCUGUCUUCUCUUCUUUUUUGACGGACUUUAGAAGUCUUUUCUCUUUGUUUUGAUCUUGAAUAAACAAAUCUAAGUCUUCGAUUUAUGCUUUAAAACUGUUCACAUGACCAGAGCUUUGAUUUUGGGUGUUUUGAUUUCUUAUUAAUCGAUUCAAUAGCUUCUAUACAAACAAACCAUCCAUAUGCGUUUGAGUCGAGACUCUACUUCAUUUCAGAAAUCUUUUGAUUCUAGACUCUUCUCUUGCUUCAAUACCAUACAUACAUGCUAUAUAUAUUUUCUUACCUUUUGUAGAUUUGAGUUGUUAAUUGCAAUAGAGGCCAGUGAAUAGCUAAUGGGUGAAGAAAAAGAUUUUUGAGAUGGGUUUGUUUGUUUGAAGUUUGAAUUUGGAAGAGGCAGCUAUUGUUAUGCUGAAGGGUAAGCAUAAGACAAGUGUUUGCUGUGGAGAUAGAAUAGAAGUAGUUCUUGUGACUGUAGGCAAGACAGCACAAGAAGAGAGAAGAAGCUUAUCAUCAGAUGUUAUCCAUUGAAAACCCUCCACCAGAUCUUUCAUGUCCUCUUGAAAUCUCACAGCUGAAUAGUAGUGAUGGGAGGGUUUCUGAUAAGGCCUUGAAAGAGGUAGAUCUGUUCAAGUCACUCCUUGAUGAUGAUGAUGAUGAUGAUGACGAAAACAACAACCCACUUCCUAAAUUUUCCAUAAGAGAUUAUGUGUUUGGUGCGCGGAACAAGGAUAUCAAGACCAAUUGGCCAUUUUCUCUGGAAAACUUGCAACUUUGUUUGGAGCGUGGAGUGAAAGAUUUGCUGCCUCCUUUCCAGUCUAUUGAUUAUGUUAGAAAUCAAUUCAUCAAGAGAUGCGCUGAUGAAACUAGUUUGAUUGACAAAGAAAAUAAAAGCAAAUUUGAUGGGGAGACUUCUGGGCCAAGCGAUGAAUUUGUAUCCGUGUCUUUGGAUUUUGCCGGAGAAAACCAAAAGCUAAAUAAUCAAUCUCAUUCCAAGAUAAAUUCAAUUCCUACUAAUAUUUCAUUGGAAGACUCGGGAGUAGAGACAACAGGUCCUCCUACAUCCCAAAAUAGCGAGAACACAAACCAAUCUCCGGUCAAGAAGUGUAGACUGAUAGUGAAAGUGGGUACCCGAGCUGAUCCUGGUUCUAACGAAGAUAUUACUGCUACAACAAAUUGUGCGACGUUUCCAGAACCAAUGGCUUCAAAAGUGUGCCCCGUUUGCAAGACUUUCUCGUCCUCUUCCAACACCACCUUGAAUGCUCACAUUGAUCAGUGCCUUUCUAUGGAGUCAACUAUUACGUGGACGCCCAAUUCUGGGGCGACUAAGCAUAGAAUAAAGCCGAGGAAGACAAGAUUGAUGGUGGAUAUCUACGCAACCGCCCCACACUGCACAUUGGAAGAUCUCGAUAGAAGGAAUGGGACAAAUUGGGCCAUGAAUUCUAGUUUGCCUAAUCAAGAGACCGCGGAGGGAGUUGAAUUGGAAAAGCAAAGAGUGUUGUCACCUGUUAAUUUCAACGACAAUGGCAAUGAAGGUGCAGUCUAUAUUGAUGCCAAUGGCAGAAAACUUCGGAUUUUAUCAAAGUUCAAUGAUACAUCUUCGUCGGUACCAGAAGAUCACGGACCUCAAAAACCUUUCACAGGUAGAGUAAGGAAAUUGCUUUCAACCUACAAGAAGACGAAGCAUCAUUCACAGAAACAUAAAAAAUAUCUGAAACUUGCUCAGAGCAAGAAAUUUUGCUCUUCCAAGCUUCAACGUACUUCUGAGAUACGUAGAGAUGUAGUUACGAAUUUUGCAUUGGAAGAGAGUCGCGAGAAAGGAGAGAGCAUGUCGACGUGGCCCUUCAAAGCUCAAGAGCGGAUCAAAUGUAAUGAUUUGGGAACUAUAACAAAAUGGGCGUGCUCUAAAAGAACUGGUCUCGUGAAGAGGUGGAAUCGUAAGGAAGGGCUUCGCCAUCUGAGAUGCAAUUAUAGGCAGGAUUUGCAAGUUGAAAGUGAUCAAUCAUCUUUUGGUGAUUCAUAUCAGAAGACUCGAAACUCAUCAGAGGGUUCACUUUCUUCUCCUGAAAGCAGCAAGAGAAUGGAGAAUUCGUCAUUUGAAGCACCCGUUAAUGAAUUCAAUGAGCAGCCUCCUGUGAGAAAGAGACUCGGGUUUUCUGCUUUAAGGUCUCGAAUCAGUGGCAAAAUGGAGAGGGUUCUAGAAUCACCAAAGCACAAUGGGAAGCGGUUGAGGAAAGACAACACAUCUGUGGAUGGAAGUUUCAAGGAUUUUGGCAAGAAACAAGUUGAGAUCAAUACCAGUCUAGUCAAAAAUAGUUCUCAUGAUGUUUGCUCAAAUCUGUCACGGAGUCAUCAUUCAUUCUCACCAAAAGCGACAAAGUUCUCAUCCUCGAGGAAGCGCUUGUUGUCGGUCAAUCAGUCAUCUGUGCUUGAAACCAUGUAUAAGUUGAAUCAGAAGUUUUCAGCCCGUAAGAGGUCUAAAGUGCAUUGUGUGGCAAACUUUCAUAAAGAGGCAAUGCCGUUGCCUUCUGAUGUUUUUGAAAAACAUGAUUCUAGGGAGAAUGUUGAAAAUCAAUCUAGAAUAGAAGAAAGCACUGCAAACGUGUCUCGUGGCUGUGUUUUUAAAAUCAGAAGGAAGAGGAGAGUGUUUUGUAUCUCUGAUGGCGAGCAAUCCAUGAGUUUGAAAUCCGCUUUGGAGUUUCACAGUCAGGAUAUGGGCAACAAUGUUGAUUCUUCUGCUAGAGUUGACAGUGAUUUGGAAGAAACAUUUGAUGAUAUAGAAUCGGGUAGAAAAAAGAUUCAAACUCAUAGAGAAGACAUUAUUAUGAGUUUGAGCAAAGAUACAGAUUUCUCCAAUACCCUAGUUGGCUCAUUGCAAUCUAAUGUAUUUAAGAGUGGUGAUGAACAAGAGAUGUUUUGUCUAGAUGAAGUUUGCAAUGGUGUGAUAGAUCAAAGCACUUACAUGGGGACAGAAAUGGAUUAUAAAGACGGUCAAGGAAAUUACUUUAUUGAGGUUGAUCCGAUACCUAUUCCAGGACCGCCAGGAUCAUUUUUACCCAGUCCUAGGGCUGGUGAUAUGGGCUCAGAAGAUCUCCAGGGAAAUUCAUCACUAACGACUAGCCGAGUUCAAUCCUUUGAGGAUCAUCACCACGAUAUGGUUGAUAGGGAUUCAUCAGAUUCUCCUAUUUCUGCCAUGUCAACUGUUUCUAACUCUACAAUUGCAAGAUCCGAUUCCAAAUCUUCAGAAAAAUUGUAUGUAGGACAACACAUCGCACAUGAUGAGAUUCCACAAGCAGCGGCCAUACAAGCAGACACAAUCAAUCUAGAUGAAAGAGUUGACAUGAUUGUUGUCCCAGAAAAGGGACCCACCAGUUUCAGAAAUGAUCAGCCGUGCUGUUGCUCGCGCAGGGAGGGAACGUCUAUGGGCGUUUCUUUAAAUUAUCAAGAGUCACAACUUCUAAGGAGACGGAAUUGUGAUUCAAACAGAAGAUCCAACAGUUUGAACUCAAACCCUGAAGUGAAAUCUCUCGGUGAUUUCCCAAGUUCAGGAUCAGGAAAGGUGGGUCCCCUUGUCAUGAAACCGGCUGCAGGUCCGAUUUCUGCUGAUGUGACACUUACGUCCCCAGUUCAUGGGGAUUAUGAUUCUGCGAGCCCAUCUACUUCCAAUUCAGUUCUCAGGCUGAUGGGGAAAAAUUUAAUGGUGGUCAACAAAGAUGACAAUGCAUCCCAACAAUUAAAUCCGCAAUUUUCGACGCUCCAUCAACACUCCCUCAUCUCUUGCCAGAGUCAACGCAACAUGGGUUUUGAAUCCAAGUUUCCAGACAGUUUUGGAAGCCAUGUUACUUCUAAGCCACCACAAACACCUUCUCCAUCAGGUAUGUUUUCAAGCAGGAACAUGGGUGGUUUUUUCACAACCACCUUCGAGCCCCAUGAAUACGAAGUUCGAUUCAAUUCACCUGCUGAUCAAGAUAGUUCAAGAAAUGAGCCACAUGAAUACAAAGUUCGAUUCAAUUUGCCUAAUGAUCAAGAAAGUUCAAGAAACAGACCAUAUACUCCUCCUUUGGCAUACGAUACGAACAAAGUAGUAACAAAUGCGAAUUCUGACAUCAAUCCCAUGAAAGAGAUCAUAAUCAUUGAUGAUUCUCCUGAUGGGGAAACUGUUUCAGCCGCCAUUUCUCUUCCAAUCACUGCCAAUUAUAACCCGAGCCAUGCGAAUGCUAGUCCAAUUAAGUGGAAUUGUACUUCAGAAGGUUCAUCUGUCCUGCCUCCGAGUUCUUUAAUGGCUUCAUCAUUGACAGGUCAACUUGGAUCUUCAUUGUACUAUUCUCCGAGCUUUUCAUAAUCCACAAGCUUUGUUGCUGCUGCUUUUUGAUUUCACAUCAAAAUUGAGCUGAAACUACUAGAACUUUUGGUGUUGAGUUUGCAGUGGCAUGAAGUACUGUGGUUUCUAAAUGAAAGUCUUGAAUCGAGUCUUUGAUCAAGUUGCUGCUAAAAUUAUACGUUGUGAAACUUUCGUAGUUUUAAGCAGCUUUUGAGGAGGCUUCUUAGAGACUGAUGUACAAUCAAACUUUUAAUAAUAUGUUUACUCUGAGAAACUUUUUUCCAUACAUGAACAAUGUUUAGUUUUAUCAUUCAACAUAAGUUAUUGACUGCUUUUGCUUUU